AUGGGAGCACAUUUGGAUGCCUCGAUGAGCUGCGAGUGGAUGGGGCGCCGUUCUUCAACGACCGCUUCGACGCGGCCCAGAACUUUGGGGUCAUCGGCGUGGUCAUCGGCCACGAAAACUCCCACGGACGUCGGCGCUGCCUUCAUCAAGAAGGCGCAGUGCACCACCGACCAGUACAUUGCCAUGGAGGUGGUGACCAGCCAUGUGACUGGCGCCGUGAUGGGCAAGGCGUUCCAGCAGUACGCCAAGACGACGCAGUCCUGGUACACGACCCACACGGGCAAUAAGACGUACUUUUUGGCGUAUGGCCUAGCGAGGGGCGAAAAGAAGAAGACGGUCGCGGCACUCAAGGCCAACCUCGUCCUGGACGUCCACCCGCCCGGCAAGUAG